GCGAUUCGUACUUAGCACCUACAGAACAAUGCCCGAGCAGCGGAGCGAUGACGCUAGCAACACUCUACAAGCUGUUGUCCGGCGUAUCCGGCACCUCCUUCCUUCGUUCGGAAGUGGCAGGACUGUACCAGCUCUCCCGCAGGAGCUAGUAGAUCACAUCAUCGACUGUCUUCGCAAAGACAAGGAGACGCUUCGAAACUGCUCGCUUGUACGCCGCGCAUGGCUCUCAUCCAGCUCCUUCCAUCUCUUUAGCCGUUUGUGUUGGCCACCCUGUGAUCACGCGGCAGACAUCUGUCAGACUUUCUUUGGGGAGCAGAAGCUUCGCAGCUGUCGCUGCGCACUUGUGACGGACCCGAAGAACCUUCAAGAGCUGCUAUUAUUUCUUCAGUCUUCGCCUCGCAUUUGCAGCAGUAUCCGAGAUCUUUCCAUACGUUUUGCAUGGGGCGAAGCAGAGUUGCCCUUCGCGUUGCGUCACCGGGUCUUGACAACGCCGAGCGAACUGGCGCACCUAGUUGGCAUCUUGCCUGCUCUUCGCUGUUUGCGCUUAUACGAACCACGAUUCCAUCCGGACGCCUCGCCCUUCCCGGACAGCACGCUCUCAACCACGCGCGAUCUUGACAGGCUUGUACUCUCCGGCAUCAAGGAGGAAGGGAGACACGAACAUUUCUCUUCCUUCCUUUCAUAUUUCCGUCGCAUCCAUACCCUCGAACUAGCCGAUUUCCGCUACUGUCCGCUCGUCUGUGCUCCUGUCUGCAAUGCGAACGGUCAGAUGACAUCUGUCGACUCCCUCCAGCUUCAUCCUCGCUCUCUUGAUGGCAUUCGUGGGCUUGAACAGCUGAGGCAGAUAAUAGAUUUAACGUCUCUGUCUUCCUUAAGUCUCCUGUACGACUGGCGCAUCGUUCCGGAGAGCGGGAUAUGUGCCCUUCUCCAGAACACGGACAACCUCGAGUCCAUUACCUGCAACAAUCACAGCAAAGAAGUGAUCAUACGCCAUCCUCAUCCUUGUCCCACUGUCCAUCGGCUUCGUUUCUAUGGCUCUUCCAUGUUUGAUGGUAGAACUGUGACGUACCACGACUGGCCAGGGGUGGUGCAAAUCAUGGGCUGUCCGCUCGCCGCCUCGGUCAAUCACUACACCAUCGAUUUCACAAUCUUACAUAUAUCCCAGGAUUUCCGAGUCCCAGACGAUAACGAAGCCGAAGCCGAAUCGAAGGCUGCCUUGGAGUUUCUCGAUUGGAGUAUCCUGGACACUUUUACCCCUCGGCUAACUUCUCUGUCGCUCAACAUGACCGUUGAGUUCGCGCACGGCAGAUCUAGGACUGGACGUGAAUGGAGCUGCUCUGUGGAAGAGCUCAUCCUUGGCUUGGUCUCCCGACCUGUGCGCGACAUCUUGACGCUCCGAGUGCAAGUUCUCAACACUUUCCUCGAGGGCCACGGUGCGUCAUAAUACGUGUCUGCUUGCUAUUAGAAGCUGAUUUUUGGCAUAAGAACUUCGCUAGAAUUCUGCUACACCUUAAAUCUGUAUCAGUCAAGUGCUUAAAUUGCUUGCUUUCAUUUGCGGUGCAGGGUCGCCGGUAGCUCUUACGUUCUUCAACUUCACUAAAGUAAUUGUCACGACGAGUACUUUCGCCUGCGCCAUAAUGCAUUCGCACUAUGCAACCCGUUAAAUUGUUAUAGUUUAGCGAGGGAUUUAAACUGUUAUUUGAAAUCAACGUGCUCUUUCAA